UGGCUCUGAAAGUAAUCUUCCACGUCACUAGGAAGUGGUGGAGAUCCAAGAGGGAUAGCUCGCCAAAGGGAGCCCUUCUAAAUUCUUUGCACAGGUUAAUACCUGAUCUGGAUCUUUCUGAUAAUCUGGGGGGACGAUAGUCGUACAUUUAGAGGUAUUCGACUGGUAUUCUUCUAAAAGGACACAAGCAGAGCAGCAAAAUGACAGCUGCGGAAAACGUUUGUUACACUCUGAUCAAUGUCACCUCUGACUCAGAGCCACCAUCUGAAGUCAGCCUAAAAGCAGAUCUUGAGAAAGGAGAGAUAAAAGCAAAGACCGAAGCCCUGAAGAAGGUCAUAAUCAUGAUCCUGAAUGGCGAGAAGUUGCCAGGACUGCUGAUGACCAUAAUUCGCUUCGUGCUGCCACUUCAAGACCACACCAUUAAGAAGCUGCUGCUGGUUUUCUGGGAAAUUGUCCCCAAAACAACUCCAGACGGCAAGCUGCUUCAGGAGAUGAUUCUGGUGUGCGAUGCCUACAGAAAGGACCUGCAACAUCCCAAUGAGUUCAUCCGUGGCUCCACCCUCCGUUUCCUCUGCAAGCUGAAGGAGUCUGAGCUGCUGGAGCCCCUCAUGCCGGCCAUCCGGGCCUGCCUGGAGCACCGCCACAGCUACGUGCGGCGCAACGCCGUUCUGGCCAUUUACACCAUCUAUAGGAACUUUGAGCAUCUCAUCCCAGAUGCUCCAGAGUUGAUCCAUGAUUUUCUUGUAAAUGAGAAAGACGCCAGCUGUAAGAGAAACGCCUUUAUGAUGCUGAUCCAUGCAGAUCAGGAUCGAGCUCUGGAUUACCUCAGCACAUGUAUCGACCAAGUUCACACUUUUGGCGACAUCCUGCAGCUGGUCAUUGUGGAGCUGAUUUACAAAGUUUGUCACGCAAACCCUUCGGAGCGAGCCCGUUUCAUCCGUUGCAUCUACAACCUGCUGCAGUCCUCCAGCCCGGCUGUAAAGUACGAGGCUGCCGGCACCCUCGUGACCCUCUCCAGCGCCCCUACAGCCAUAAAGGCUGCUGCACAGUGCUACAUUGAUUUGAUCAUAAAGGAGAGCGACAACAACGUGAAGCUGAUCGUUCUUGAUCGUCUGAUCGAACUGAAGGAGCAUCCUACUCACGAGCGUGUGUUGCAGGACCUCGUGAUGGACAUCCUGCGUGUGCUCAGCACUCCAGACCUGGAAGUUAGAAAGAAGACCUUGCAGCUCGCUCUGGAUCUCGUCUCUUCUCGCAACGUAGAAGAGUUGGUGAUUGUUUUGAAGAAAGAGGUGAUCAAGACAAACAACGUGACGGAACACGAGGACACUGAUAAGUACAGGCAGCUCCUGGUGCGCACCCUCCACUCAUGCAGCGUCCGCUUCCCCGACAUGGCAGCUAAUGUCAUACCUGUGCUGAUGGAAUUCCUGAGUGACACUAAUGAGGCAGCUGCUGCCGACGUGCUGGAGUUUGUGCGGGAGGCCAUUCAGAGGUUUGACAACUUGAGACCCCUGAUCAUCGAGAAGAUGCUGGAAGUGUUUCAUGCCAUCAAAACUGUCAAGAUUUACCGGGGAGCCCUUUGGAUCUUAGGAGAAUACUGCAGCACCAAGGAGGACAUUCAGAGUGUUAUGACAGAAGUGCGCAGGUCUUUGGGAGAGAUCCCAAUCGUAGACAACGAGAUCAAGAAAGAGACGGGCGAGACCAAACCAGAGGACGAAGUGAGCGCAGCCCCAGCGCAGAAGCUGGUGACGGAGAUGGGCACCUACGUGACUCAGAGUGCCCUGAGCUCCUCCAGGCCUUCAAAGAAAGAAGAGGACAGACCUCCACUCAGAGGCUUCCUGAUGGAUGGAGACUUCUAUGUGGCAGCUUCCUUGGCCACCACGCUAACCAAAGUGGCCCUGCGCUACGUUGCACUUGUUCAAGACAAGAAGAAGCAAAAUUCCUUCGUUGCAGAGGCCAUGCUCAUAAUGGUCACUGUGCUGCAUCUGGGCAAGUCCUCCCUGCCAAAGAAGCCAAUCACAGACGACGACGUGGACCGCAUCUCGCUGUGCCUGAAGGUCCUGUCAGAGUGCUCGCCGCUCAUGAACGAUAUCUUCAACAAGGAGUGCCGCAAAUCCCUGUCACAUAUGCUGACAGUCAGACUGGAGGAGGAGAAGCUGUCACAGAAGAAAGAAUCUGAGAAGCGGAAUGUGACGGUCCAGGCAGACGAUCCAAUCUCCUUCAUGCAGCUCACAGCAAAAAAUGAGAUGGCCUCUAAGGAGGACCAGUUUCAGCUUAGCCUGCUGGCUGCUAUGGGCAACACUCAGCGGAAAGAGGCUGCUGACCCUCUGGCAUCAAAACUCAACAAGGUGACCCAGCUGACCGGUUUCUCUGACCCAGUGUACGCUGAAGCUUAUGUUCAUGUCAACCAGUACGACAUUGUGCUGGACGUCCUGGUGGUCAACCAGACCAGCGACACUCUGCAGAACUGCACUCUGGAGCUGGCCACUUUAGGGGAUCUGAAGUUGGUUGAAAAGCCAUCUCCUCUGACUCUGGCCCCUCACGAUUUUGCAAACAUCAAGGCUAAUGUCAAGGUGGCUUCCACUGAGAACGGCAUUAUAUUUGGAAACAUUGUCUACGAUGUGUCAGGCGCUGCGAGCGACAGAAACUGUGUUGUCCUCAGCGACAUCCACAUCGACAUCAUGGACUACAUUCAGCCUGCUUCCUGCACAGAUGCAGAAUUCAGACAGAUGUGGGCAGAGUUUGAAUGGGAAAACAAGGUGACGGUGAACACAAACAUCACUGAUCUGAACGAGUACCUCCAGCAUAUCCUCAGGUCCACCAACAUGAAGUGCCUGACCCCCGAAAAGGCUCUCUCUGGCUUCUGUGGAUUCAUGGCCGCCAACCUUUACGCUCGUUCUAUCUUUGGAGAAGACGCCCUGGCUAAUGUCAGCAUCGAGAAGCCAAUCCACCUGGGGCCCGACGCACCCGUCAACGGACACAUACGCAUUAGAGCCAAAAGUCAGGGAAUGGCCCUGAGCCUGGGGGACAAGAUCAACCUCUCUCAGAAAAAGUCAAACAUGUGAAGCGACUGCCCUUCUCCGUCUCUCCCGUCUUCUCACAGCCUUUCCAUCACCGUAAAUUAAGAAGUCACUAUCUUCAGCUGCUUCUGUUCCCUCUUAUUCUUUUUUUUUUUCUUUUUUACAUCUCCUUCUCAAAGUUACACUUCAGAAAGAUCUCUAUCUGUCCUGUUUCAUUUUCAAUAAACAUGUAUCUGU